AUACAGUUUUCGUUCAGUCCUCUGAGCUGCAGUCGGACACUAUGGCGAGGUUCCAGAUGGCUCCCCAGCCAGGGCAGAACGCUCACCAUGUAGUGCUACAUGCCGUGAGCAUUGGUCUGGCGGUCGUCGCUCAGAUGAUCUCGAGCAUCUUCUUGACUCUGACAAAGGACAGCUUUGUGCCUGAUGGUCUGUUUCAGACCCCAUCCUGGAAUGUGUCUGAGACCUUCUCCCUGGAGGUGUCGAUGGACUGGUGGUCAGGAGGUUUCUGGAUUAUGAUUGACCUGUGGUCCCUGGGGUGGCUUGUACACGCAACAGUCGGCCUUUUUAAUAGGAACGUCCUCGGCCCCGAAUCGUGCAAUCCAGAAAUCCACCCUCCGGUGUUUUACCUGAUGUGGGUCGUCGUUAACAUUGCAAGAAUGUGCAGCAUGUUUCUGUGGCACAGGCGCAAUUUACUUGCCGCCGUCCAACUCUGGUGGAUAACACCCGUGUUCAGCUUCUUCAUGCUCUCCAUUUCCUACGGCAACCUGCACAAGCAUAAAGCCUGGCUAGCCAUCAACACCCCGAGAGUGACGACAUGGACACGUUACCUGACCCAGAACGGCUUGGCGGUGUUUGCCUGGUGGUCUCUCCUGAAUGCUGUGGUCGGUCUAGGAAUGGUGCUCAAGUACAGAUUUGGUGUGCAGGACCCACUGAUCAGCGCCAUCGUCCUCGCCAUAAUCUGCGUGUGUGCUUUAACCUGGUUCCUCCUACAGACCUUCCUGCUACACAAAUACUUGCGCUACACAUUCUGCGUCUACGCCAUCCUCGUUCUGGGCCUGGGUGCCAUGUUCACCAGAAGCUAUCGUGUCCACAACAUGUCCUCAAACACAUCCUUCUGUGGCUGCCUCAUGCUCAUUAUGACCUGCAUGAGCGUGGUCCAUCUGAUCUGUGAAUGUAUGCGCACGGAGGACUCGGUCAUGCCUCUCGCUUUGGAGCCCUACGUGACGUCUUCGGUCUGCGAGACUGUGUGCCAACCGGAAGCCAAGCACAAACCUCAGAAGUGCUGACUUGUGAGAAAGCUUUCAGGCAAUUAAACAAUAAAAUCAACAGUGGGCGUGUCGCGCCAGAGUGAUCAUUUGCAAGUGUGCACUUUAGAUUAAUGUCCAAAAGGGGGCAGCAUAUACUCACUUCACACUGAAAUUGUGGCAUGAUAAACAGAGCACUGUUGGACCAGAGGGUGGCUCAGUGGUUCAGGCUUUUGUAAUGAAAAUCUCUCUCUAUGGAGCACAUUCAUACUAAAAGUCAAGAGCAUCCAAAACGAAUAUAAAGAAUGUCAUUCUAUGUGACUCGCACUGUUUUUGUGUCGAUCACCAUCUUUGUUCAAAAAUACUUAAACAAAACAAAACAAAAAAAUGCAUAAAUCUAAAUAAAAGCUGAACCAAAGUGAGGUUACAGGAAAAAUCAGAAUAAAAGUUUGUUUGUUUGUUUGAUUUAAACUCCAGAUGAUGAAAGCGAACGAUGAACUUUACUCAAAGGUCAUCAUCGCCAUGCAGCACAGUCCCAAAAACAUCAUGGUAUGCAACCGAAUAAAAAAAAAAACAGCAAACAGAUAAAAUAAUAAUAGUGAAAAAAAAAAAUAGAUAAGACAAAAUGAAUUCAAAACCUUUGUACCCUCUCCCUCUACGUCCCCUCGCUGUGUGGGUGACGUGGCACCCCCAAAGAUAAUCACACAUGCUCAAGUUUUUAAGUGCCCUCUUUCUUGAUGCGGCUUAAAGGAUGGAAUAUCAAACAUGGCCGUUGGCUGAGGGGAAGAGCAGCUCGACCUUUGAUGAGGAUGGAGGGCUGAAUAGAAACUGAUCGUCAGAUGAAAGCGGCGGGAGGGGUAAAAAAAAAAAAAAAAAAAAAAGACAAUAGGAGAUACGAUGAAUGUGUCCUUGGAUGGACUCACUCAGCAGGAUGGAGGAGUAAAUAAAGAAAUGAAUUGUAACACUGUCUCUUUUUUUUUUUUUUGAAAAACCCUCAUUGACUGACAUGCAAGAAGAAUGUGUCCUUCAUCGAAUCAUCAACUGAUUUACAACAAACUACCUGUAGACCACAGUGCUGCUUUUCCUUGGUAUUGUGUUAUUCGGGUGUUUGCAGAUAUUAGAUGGCCACUCUGUUCCGGCUGAAUGUCUGUGAACCUGAUCAUAAACUCACGUUGGCAAUUUAAUUUGACCACCUCAUUUGGAGAAAAUCAGAAUGUUAUUAUCUCCGGCUUCAUAACGCAGGGUGAUUUGCUUUCAGGGCUGUCGCAGAAAAAAGAGGCAGAGUUAGGAGUGCAGGAGUGGAAAAUCACUAAUUGCAAAUCACAACACUGAAAUUCAGCUUUGUGCACCUCUAUGAGUCAUUCUGCUCAAAGAAUCAUCAGUUUGGACGGAAAUGUGAAGUUUGGAAAUGUAUGGAAAUGUAUGUUUUAUAUAGAUGUUGCCGCUCAGUCAGGAUUUACAAUUUAAGUUUUUUGAUCUGAACAUUUUCCAUCAUGAGGAAAUCUGUUAGAAAACUUUGUUUAAGAUAAAGUUGACAUUGUUAGUCGAUUAACUGAUUGGUUUAGACUGUUACUGAGCUUUAUAAUCAGUUAACUGUUCAAGUCAUUUUUAAGCACAGUAAGUCAUUUUUAGGCAAUGUAAACAUUUUGUUGGCCUUCUAUGACAAAAAAACUUAUUUUGGGGUUUUAGACUCUUACUGAAAUGUAUAUUAAUCGUCUAAGCACAAAUUACACAGUUUAUCUGGCUCCAGCAUUUUAAAUGUGAAUAUCUUGUUUUUCUUGUCCUCCUACGAAGAAAACCAAAUAUGUUUUUAUUACACUGUUAUUAUACUGUAUUUUGAAAGAGUCAUUCUUAAGCAUAAACAACAAAUUUUCACUGGUUCCAGCAUUUGAAAAUGUGAAUAUUUGCAUGGUAGAAAAAAAAAAAAAGUAAAAAUGGUUCCAGCUUCUUAAA